AUGAAGAUGAAGGUGUUUGUGAUGUUUGUGAUCCAUGUGCAUGUUUCCCAGCAUGCCUCGGGUGUUGAGGUGUAUGAAGGGGCGGAGUCUGUCCUGCUGCCCUGCCUGUUCUCUACUUUAUUACCUGAGGACCCCAUAGUGGUGUGGAGCCGUCUCGAUCUUAAUCCCACGACUGUCCACCAGCACGAGGAGGAUGGUGAUAAGCUUGAUGGUCAGAACCAGCGUUACAGCGGCCGGACGCUGAUGUCAGCUGAUGCUGUAGAAACUGGAGACCUGAGCCUCACUCUGAGGAAACCCCGCCUCUGUGACAGCGGAAACUACACUUGCAGCAUCCACAGCAGCGGAUAUGAAGUAAUGCGGACAGAUGUAGAGCUGCUGGUCACAGAACAGUAUACUUUCCCAGCGGAGGCCCGGGCUCUCCUUGUUCUCCUGGCUGUCGUCCUUGUUGGCGCUUUGGGUCUGUUGGGUAUUUGGGUUUAUUUCUGGAACAAGAUUAUUACAGUCCCACAGGUGGAGGUAGAAGAGGGGGUGGAGUUUGUUACGCUUCCUAACAAAACCACAGUUCAGCUGCAUGAGGACGUCACAGUGGAGUGGAGCCACUGUGGCCUGCAACUCAUGAAGGUCCAUGUUUUUCAUAAUGCCAGUGACCAUCCUGACAAACAGGACCAGUUUUACUGCGGUCGCACAAACAUGAAUGAAAAACCACUGAAAACUGGGGACCUCAGUCUGACCCUGAGAAAGCCUUGCUAUGGGGACAAUGGCACCUACAUCUGCACCAUCCACAAGGACAAAGAUAUCCAAGAACAGAAAGUAGUGCAGCUUCGGGUCAAAGCCGUCCAGGAGGAGGUGAAGGUCGGGGAAUGGGCCGAAUCCGUCACACUACCUUUCAAAACUACAGCUCAGCUGCCUGACGACGUCACAGUGGAGUGGAAGCGCUCUGACCUCAAAACCAUGAUGGUCUGUGUGUAUGAGAACGGCCAAGAGCAACCUGACAAGCAAGACGAGUAUUACAGAGGUCGCACAGAAAUGAACAAGGACCCACUGCAAUCCAAAGACCUUAGUGUGACUGUGCAUAACUCUGGGUACAGUGACAGAGGGACAUACAUCUGCAGUGCCUGCAUGGACGGAGUCAUCCUGACACGGAAAGUUGUGCUGUACCGCGUCCAAGUCUCCAAGCUGCUCCAAGCUCAGAGGGAGAAGUCUGCUGAAAAGCUUGACUAUCAAAUCCCAGGCAACAUGCCUGAGGACGAAACAGCUGAGUGCAGUCCUCAUGACCUCAAACCUAAGAUGGGCCACAGGUACCAAAAUGACCAGAACCAGCCUAUCAAACAGGAUGAGUUUUACCAGCCACACAAAGAUGAAGAGAGAAGACAGACAAGAACUAAAACAAAACAGGACCAAGAAGAAACAGAUGACGCUGGAAUCGUGCUGUUGUUAGCCAGCUCCACUGAUCCAGUGUAGUGUUCACUGUUUGAUUGGACUCGCUCGGUGGUGGUAAAGCCUCAGAUCAUUAAUGGGUCAUAAUUUUAAAAACCCUGAUAAAUAUGCAGUUAUGCUGCAGCUAAUGGGAUGACAGUGCACAGUUGCUGGUUGUCAUAGUGAUGCCACACACUUUGCCACUUGUGAGUUUUCCAGGUUCACAGCAUGAAAAUAUUUGUCACUGUAACACAGGUCAAAGACAUGCUGAGACGACUGAACCUUAACCGGCCAAAGAAUGAAAAUCAGAUUAGAGGUGUUGAGUACAAAUCUGUAAACUGAGCUGGUUUCACUGAAUCACUGUUCACACUGACCAAACCAGUAUCACCAGUAACCACAGGUGACUCCACUCCAACCAGGCAGCUUUUUGUAAUUGUUUUCAAUCGCAGUGAAGCUUUUUGCUCACAUCUUUGUA